AUGGUUUCAAGGGAGGAGGAGUUGCGCGUAGAGGUAAACCAGUGGAGUAAUAUUAGCAAACCAUCAUUAAUAACUCUAGUGUCUAUCACUGAAACUCGAGACCAAACAACCCCCAGAGCAAAUACUUUGUAUGAUGACGCGGACGACCUACAAAAACAACUGGACAGUGAAGACAGAGAUAGGCUGCAAUAUGGACUGAUGAGAUACUUUUUUACGGAGCGCAUAAUUCUCGGGCGUGUAUUGCCCUCCCUGAAGCAGAGCAGUCUGCCAAUGAGGACCCUGGCCUGGGUGAUCCGUCGCUCAAUCCUUCUUUUCCAGGCUGGUUUCGCAUUAUCCCUUUGGAUAUUACGUCCAGCCCGGGGCAUUUUUGCGCUAGUAUAUCGGCAUACUGCCAAUGCAGCGGCAAAGAGGAUUGAACUCGUCUCUCCCAGGUCACCGCUGCCCUCAAGGUCUUCAUUCAUGGCUCUCGACCAUCUCAUGCGACGUGUACCACCAGUGGCGGGCGCCGAUUGCUGGGCCUGUGACGGCCCUGCCGGUGCCAAGCCAGCUGAUGUCGAUGGCAAGGGGUCGGACCGGCCAGGUGGUGUGGCCGUUCCAGCUGCACCUCACAAGGAGUGGGAUUAUAAGGGUCAAGACAAAUGGUCAGCUUCAUACCCUGGAUGCGGAGGGCGUUCUCAAUCACCAGUAGAUCUGCCAGUGGAUACUCUGGUGAGAACAAAGGGAGCCAGGCCGCUACUGUUCUGCAACUAUGAUGUCAUGCCGACCUCGCUUACAUUAGAAAACUAUGGGCAAAGUGUAAAACUUUAUGGAGAAUGGAAGAAUAAAUUAAGGCCUUUAGUAUAUGGUGGAGCAGCACAUAGUCGUCGGUACCUCUUCCACUCUCUCACGCUGCACUGGCCUUCGGAACAUGCAGUAGGCGGUCUGCAGUAUCCUCUCGAAAUCCAAGUCUUGCAUAUAUCCGCUGAAUUUAGUACUAUUGACGAGGCUCUGGAAGCUUCUCCGAGGGAUCAUCAAGCUAUACUUGGAAUUGCUAGUUUGUAUAAGUUUGAUAAUCACACGCAAAAAGGAUUAAGUGAAUUACUCAAAACAGCAUCAGCGAUGUACGACGUUAAGGCAUCAGUUCCUCUGAACCCAUUGAGCUACUUCAGUCCACCGUUAAAAGAAUAUGCAUGCUACCAAGGCUCUAUAACAACACCACCCUGCACGGAAUCAGUUUUGUGGUUAAUACGCGGCCGAACAUUGAGUGUAACUAGGGAACACGUGGAGUUGUUUCAAAGUUUACUGGGCGAUUAUGAAGAAACUGGCAAAAUGGUCAGUCGCCGUGUACAACCACUUAAUGAUAGAAAGACUUUUUACUUUAGUUAGCGCUAUAAUUUAGAUA